AUGGAGAUCUUGGGCGCAUGCAAGGUUAGGCACGCAUAUCCUGAGUUCGUGUCGGAGCUGGAUAUGCUGAUGCCAGAGGACGUUAUCUGGGAGCCAUACACCCCAGAGGCGGUGGCGAGACGUGCACCUUUAGACCUGUCUCCACACUGCUCUGCGAAUGCGGGCAUGUGGCUUACUACAGCCGUCCUUGUUUACGACAUCGCGGUUGAGGCGCAUUGCCCGCACAGGGUCAAGAGACAGUUUGGACAGCGACAGGAGUUUCCGGUGGCCACGGCUUUGGACCGAGUCGAACGGCACAACCACAGGUUGUCGAGGAGUGGCAUGCCGUGCUCAGCCGUUUGGCUCACCACGAUGCAGCCGUGGUUGGAGCAAUGGGACAAUGCAGAUGAGAACGUGGUCGAGCCGACUGGACCACACACAGACAGCUCUUUCAGGGCUUACCUCACCUAGUACUUGUCUCAGACUCGGGCUCGUUUGGUCUUUCCUGACACGAACCCGCAGCCACACCAGGCGAAUCUUCGGGAUGGCUACGCCAAGCACCACGUGGAAGCACUAGCUGGCGCGGUGAGUCUCUUCAUAGUGUUUGUGAAUGGAUUCAAAUUCAUAAUAUUAUUCAGUAUGCAAGUAAAUUUUCCAUUACUAAAAUGAAUGCAGUUUCGACUUUGCAACAUGAUGGAGGCGGACUGCUCCGCUUACCUCACGAGGGUGGAUCACGGUUCCCCUAUGACCUAGGUUGAGCAGAGAGAGGCAUGGUCCAGGCACCGUGACCACUUGCCUACAGUACUGCACGAUUUUGGUAGCCGUGUGGACUAUGAAGAGAGCCAAGGAUCGUCCCAGGCC